UGCUGGCCCCGCCCCCUCCGCUGGCCCCGCCCCGCCCCGCCGGUGUCCGCUCUGCGCGGGGCCGGGCCGGGGGAACGGCCGGGGCGGGGCCGUCGGUGCGCAGAGCCGCGCUGGCCGGGGCGGAAGGGCGGCGGGCGGCAGCGCCAUGCCCGGCCCGGCGGCGCCCGGCGGGGACGUGGAGGAGAGCUACGACUUCCUCUUCAAGCUGGUGCUCCUCGGAGACGCCAGCGUGGGCAAAACCUGCCUGGUGCAGCGCUUCAAGACCGGCGCCUUCGCCGAGCGCCAGGGCAGCACCAUCGGCGUGGACUUCACCAUGAAGAGCCUGGAGAUCCAGGGCAAGCGGGUGAAGUUGCAGAUCUGGGACACGGCUGGCCAGGAGAGAUUCCGAACUAUCACCCAGAGUUAUUACCGCAGCGCCAACGGAGCGAUCCUAGCCUAUGAUAUCAGCAAGAGAGGCUCUUUCCUGUCCAUUCCUCGCUGGAUCGAGGAUGUGAGAAAGUAUGCUGGUUCCAACAUAGUACAGUUAUUGAUUGGAAACAAAUCUGACCUAAGUGACCUUCGAGAGGUUCAGCUGGAAGAAGCUCAGAGUCUGGCUGAGCAGUAUGAUAAUAUCAUCUGUGCCAUAGAGACCUCUGCAAAAGAUUCCAGCAAUGUGGAAGAGGCUUUUGUGAAGAUGGCUACAGAGCUGAUGAUGAGGCACGGAGGCCCUAUGUUCAGCGAGAAGAACACCGACAGCAUCAAGCUCGACAGCAAAGACGUUGUAGAAGGCUGGGGGUGCGGUUGCUGAUACGAG